CAGUUUUUCAUGACGACAACGGCGAUGGAGGACAAAAAAUUGUUGACAAAUUUACAGUUGCCUUAAAUAUUCAAAACCCAUCUUGGCAGUAUCAUCAUAAAAACGCUACUGGAACUAGAUCUCAUUCAUUUUCUUUAUUGAGUAUGAUAUUUCGUUAUGAAUGUUUGAAGCCAAAGGAAAAUGACAAUGGAUGCUUUAGUAGGGACUGUGUAUUACACCAAAACGAAACGGAAUGCCUUGAUAUCCUGCAACCAAACAAUCAAGAUAACACAACUGAUAUUGUGUUACAAACAACACCAAGCCCUUACGAAUGUGAGCGUUUUGAAGUUCCAAAUAUCGGAGAGUUUCUGAAUUGCACAAGUCAAAUGACCGAUACAACAGAACAAGUAACACAAGAGAUAACUACGCAAAUGAACAUUGAAGAAACAACCUUGUCAAAUGAAAUUACAACACAUUUAGAUAAACAAACAGACUCGGUAACGACAACAAAACCAACCGAUGAGAAAAGCUCAACAAUUACAACAGAUAUACCUACCAAAGAAACUUCUUCAGUAAUCCCAGAAACUACACAUACAGACAUCUCUAUAACUUCACAAAAUUCAAAUUCAAAAGUAACGAGUGAUAUUGUGAAACAUCAUACGUCAGUUAACAGUGUAACGACAAAUGAAAAACACACGUCUUUUAAGUCAUCUACAAACUUACCAUCGACAAAACAAAUUUCAGAAAGUACCAGUAAAUCAACUACUGAGUCAAUAAAAACAUUUAUGUCAUCAACGCCGACAAACUCGUUGACAAUUCUUGUUUCUACAAAAGAUAUGAAUAAAACUGGAAUACCAAGUGGUCCAGGUGUAGUAAGCAGUCCUCCAACGCAUUCUACCGACAUACCAGAUAUUAAUACAACGAUAAAAGAAACAAAUAGUGGACCAAUGAAAUACUGGCCUGGUAUAGUUGGGGGAGUUUUAGGAGCUUGUGUAGUGGUUGCUGUAGUUUCUUACAUAAUAUACAGUAGAAGAAGAAGAAUGAAUAAAAGAAAUAAUGAUAUAUACAAUGUGAACCCGAAAAGAUGGGUGCUUGAACCUCCAGAGGAGAAUGGCACAUCUGGAAAAUCAGAAAUAGCAUUGGAAACUGAACAAGUUUGAGGAUGAAAGAAGAACAAAACACUUUCUUAUCAACUGUGAUAUGUUUCUGUGCUGAGGUACACAAUUAGCACUGAGAUUGCGAGGGCACUAGUGUGACCAUUAUAUCAUAAGGUCAAAAAUUUGGGAGUAAAGUUUAAAGUUGGGCUAAUGGUGUUUUUCAAAUACAAAUAUCAAACCAAUAAAAAUGAAAAUAAUGUAACUAUCAAUUUUUAAACAAUAAAAAAUAUUUUAUGAAAUAUAAUUAUAAUUCAUUAAGCAGGCUAAACAGAAUAACUUAUACUUUCUUUGCAUACAUGACACCAGACAAAAACCUUCAAAUAAGGGAAAAGUUCGACAAACAACUCAAUUAUAGAAUGUAAGCAAUUUCUGUAGAAACAGUUCAUUACAAAUAUAUAACUAGUUUUUUAAUACUAUUGGAAACAUUUUGAAAAGCAAGUACAAGAUAAAUGAGAAUCUACCAUAGAAUUUUUUGCUGCUCAUAUUACUAUGAUGAAAUCAGAAUUCACUCUAAACUCUGCUAUUAACUUUGAAAAUAUAUAUAAUUUUUUUAUAGACAUUUUUAAUUGUUUUCACAUGAAUUUUACACCCUGUUUGUUUUUAAAUUAAUAUAGCAUUAUAUUUAUCUCAUGAGAGAAUACCAUUUUGAAGUUAUGAGUUUAUCGGUGGGAAAAAAGUAUCCGAUGUCCUCAUCAAAACACGCAUCAGAUUCAUUAUACUAGUAACCUUUAAUGACCUCAAAAAUCUCACAUUUACAAGGGGAUUAAAAGAGGAAUAUUUAAAAACAAACAAUUGAAGGUCAAUAAUAUAUUUGCGAUAAUGUAUACUGUCAUUUAUAUUUGAAUAAUUACAUUGGAUGUAUGUUUCAUUAUAAUGCGUUAUCCUGAUUGGCUAACAGCACAUCACAUGUUAUUCCGUAAACAAUUGCAUGAGACAAUAACAUUUAUCAUGCAUGAUGACACGAGAUCCCACAAUAAAGUGCACAGGUGAAUUAAAUAAAACUGGAUAAAAAUCGUGUUUUCAUGAUCCUAGCUAAAAAAAUGUAAUUAUAAGUAUUGAAUGCUUCUUUUUGUAACUUUAUAGGGUUGUAAAUGCGUUGACCGUGCGUACAUUUUUAGAAUGUGUGUUUUCAUUUAUUUAUUCAAAUUUUGGUCAUGCACAUAUUAGCCGUAUCAUUACAACAGAGUCAAAUAAACGACAUUUUGCUGUUUGCGAUUGGCCUGAUCGGCUUCCGCAUCUUUCAGUAGUCAGCAUUGUGAAACGGUAGCAAUUUCUGUAUGACUUUUUUAAAAGUAGAUUUUUAAGUAUUUUUUAUGAUGCUGUACAUUGCGCUUGUAUAUUUUUUCGAUAGUAAAAAAUCAGAACCUUUAUACUUUAAUAUGUCGCUGGCGAUUUUAACGAUUCUGGUUGAAUUAUUUAUUUUAUUCAAAUUGCAUUUGUAUUUUAUGUUUAUGAAAAUCGAUUAUAAAAUUAUGCUAGAAUAUCAUUCAGCGCGUUAUCAUUGAAUCAAAAUUCAAUACUUAGCAAAUAAAUUAGGUCAGUUCAAACUUUAAAAACAAUAAUCGUUUUGUAUGUGACAGAAGCAUGAAAUGUAAACAGAUGCUGUAACCAUGGUAACCGAACUUGCAUAUUAUCGGUUGUGUGUGUAUCCAUCAAGCUAAGACUAAUAUUAGUAAA